AUGGUCAAGCAGCUGAUUAUCGACAAUAUCGACUUUGGCAAUGUGCCCAUCGGCACAAUCAAAAUCGAUUGUUCUGGGGCAUACAUUGCCAACGACCACUUAUUGCGAGGCCACGGUUCAGUUUCGUCUACACCGUCGCCUCUUACUUCGGACAAUUCUUCAGAGUCCGAGGACGAAGAGUUGCACGCCCUGCCACUAGACGGGUCGCUUUCUGUUGACUCUAAAAACCAGAACAUCACUUUGCCCAAACACAACUCGGAAGUUGUUCACAUAUCGGUGGACAUUGGUGGAACUUUAACGAAAUUGGUAUAUUUCACUGCGUCCGGUCAGGACGGCAGCAAGAACGGAGGAAAAUUGCAUUUCCAGGACUUCCAGACAGGCAACUUUGAGCAAGAAGCGCUCUCGUUUAUGGUGAGGCUUGUUCGCAAGAGUAUAGUGAAGAAGAAUCUUCCUCCAAUCACAUACAUAAUGGCCACAGGUGGCGGAGCACAUAAAUUCCACAAGGUGAUGAUAUCAGCGUUCAAAAAACACAAUUUGCCGAUGCACAUCGUGAAAAAAGACGAGAUGGAAUGUCUUAUAAAAGGUCUUGACUGGCUCAUUACCAAGAUCCCCAACGAGAUAUUUACAUACGACCUUGCAGAAGACAAUGUUCGCUUCAUCAAGAGCCCAUACACCGAGGACGACCAGAUAUAUCCAUAUCUUCUAGUUAACAUUGGCUCUGGCGUUUCCAUGAUCAAAGUCACCGGUCCUGGACCGCAAGGUUUCGAAAGAAUUGGCGGUUCUUCCUUGGGAGGAGGUACGUUGUGGGGUCUUCUUCUGCUUCUCACAGACGCCAACGAUUACAACGAAAUGUUGGAAAUGGCCCAGCGAGGGAACAACGAAAAUGUGGACUUGCUAGUUGGCGAUAUCUACGGAACCAGCUACAACAAAAUCGGCUUGAAGUCGAACCACAUUGCGUCUUCGUUUGCCAAAGUAUUCAAGAAAUUGCGCUUCAGCAGGCUGAACAAGAAGCUUUCCGUGCCGGAGAAAUUGGCGCUUUUCAAACAGGAGGACAUUGCCCGAUCCUUGUUGUAUCUGAUAUCCAACAAUAUAGCGCAAAUUGCAUACUUGCAGGCUCGCCGCUUCGAUUUGAAGCGUAUCUACUUCGGAGGCAGCUACAUCUCAGGACACGUGCAAACUAUCCAUACUUUGAGCUACGCCCUGAAUUUCUGGUCUAAAGGUGAAAUGCAAUCCUAUUUCUUGAGACACGAAGGCUAUUUGGGAAGUGUGGGUGCUUUUAUGAUGGGGCCAAAUGGAGAACACGUAAACGGAAAGAGCUACGACGCAUAA